UUUCAGCUGCACUCCCCACUAGUUAAAUGUAGCCAUGUUGGAACUUCUAUAUUAAGCUCACCUUAUAAAUGUACCGUUCCUAACUUUCUGUCAUUCUAUGUCAUUAUGCUAUGGCCUAUGUGUAGCGCUUGAAAGUGAGUAGUAUUAAUGGUAGUUUUUGCUAUACGUGAUAAACUCCUCCCUCCUUCCCCAAAUCUUUCCUAUAUAUUCUCAUUUCCUGUCAUCUCUUAGGGCAAAAAAAUUGGCAGACAGCUAACAAGGAUGUCGAACUCGAAUUCGAGUAGCUUCACCUCGACCACCUCCAAAGGCAUUGCUGCCGUUGUUGGUGUAGGCCCAAAACUUGGAAGAUCCAUCGCCCGUAAGUUUGCUCAUGAAGGGUACAUAGUUGCCAUACUCUCUCGGGAUUUAGGAAGACUAUCAAGGAUUGCAGAAGAGAUAGCAAGGGAAGAAAAAGCUCAAGUUUUUGCUAUAAGAAUUGAUUGUUCAGAUACUAAAAGUAUUAAAGAAGCUUUUGAAGGGGUUCUCUCUCUUGGUUUUGUUGAAGUGUUGGUCUAUAAUGCUGCAUACCAAUCCCUUCCUUUGCAUCCACCCAAUUUCACUGAAAUUCCAGUCAGUUCUUUUGAAAAAUCGCUCGCAGUUUCAUCUGUUGGUGCCUUCCAUUGUGCUCAACAAGUUCUUUCAGGUAUGGUGGAGAGAGGAAGAGGAACGAUACUCUUCACGGGCUGUUCAGCUUCUCUUAACGGCAUGUCUGGCUUCUCAGAAUUAUGUUGUGGAAAGUUUGCGCUAAGAGGACUAUCACAAUGUCUGUCGAGAGAGUUCCAAUCACUGGGAAUACACGUUGCUCAUGUUAUCAUUGAUGGCCUAGUCGGAGCACCCAAGGUGCCAAGUAUAUUGCAGAAAACAGGUGCUGGGGAGCAACAAAGCGGAGUAGGAGUAGGAGCAGCAACAGCAGAUGGUUUGAUGGACCCAGAUUCUCUAGCUCAGACCUACUGGCACUUGCAUCUUCAAGAUCGCUCAGCUUGGACGCAAGAGAUUGAUCUUCGUCCCUCCACCACUUUUAGGUUCUUUUAGAGCAUGUUUGGACAGGAAAAUUUGGAAGGAAAGGGAAAUAUUCCUUCCCUAAAAUUCAUCAUUCUUUCCUCUUAAGAAACCAAAUACUUUCAAUUGUUCCACAACAAAAAUGAAAGCUCACUUUUUCUUCCUCGUCCCUCUUCUUUCUUCCCCACCUUUCCCUCUACGAUUGUUAUCCAAACAUAUUGUUGGUUUCAAUCCAGUCCAUAUCAACCAAGUUACUAAUGGUGAGAAGUGAGUAUAGAUAGUUGGUGUUGUGAUUGAUUUACUUAUGCUUAAAAUGUGUAUAAAGAAUUUGCUUGCGCUUUUGGUGGAUUUCAGACUAUUUCCGGAGUGUGUUCAUGUCGAAUUCUUCCAAUUUUGAUAAAAUUUCUUUAACGUCAUUUGAACA